AUGUCUGACUGGGAUUCCACCACCGUCAUCGGCAGCAAGCACCGCGGCGGAGCUGCUCCCCGCGAAACCGUCGUCAAGGGCCGUUCCGCCCUCAACGCAGCCGCCAGAUCAGGAUCCAUCAUCGGCACAGAAAAGAAAUUCACCACCGGCAACAUCUCCUCCCGCCCCGGCGUCGAAGGCCAACACCUCACCAAAGUCGACCGCUCCGACGACAUCAUCAAGCCCAAAACCGUCGGCCUCGAGGUCGGCGAGGCCAUCAAGCGCCGCCGCAACGAGGACAAGUACAAGAUGUCCCAAAAGGAGCUGGCCACCAAGUGCAACACGACCGUGAGCGUGGUGCAGGACUUUGAGCGCGGCACGGCGCCGCCGGAUCAAAAGGUGCUGUCGACCAUGGAGCGCGUGCUCAAUGUCAAGCUGCGAGGCGCGGAUAUCGGGAAAGAAAAGUUUCCGGCGAAGAAGAAGUAA